CAAGGACUUAACCAUUGAACCAUUAAGCUUAUCAUUAACACAGAUUGACCAAAAAUAAUUUUUAACCCCAACAAACAGAGUUAGGUCUAGGGAAAAAAUACUUGAAUUUUCCCCAAAGAUAGAUUUGAACCCAAGACCUCAAAUACAUAAAGAAGUCUGGAAGCAUGCUCUCUUAUGAUCCAAAUUUAAGAUUGCCACUAUGGCCAUCGCCAGAGGCUGCUCGAAAAGGCAUAAUGAGUAUAUGGGAUCAAUCGGACAUUAUUAAGGUAAGCGAGGAUGAAAUUACAUUCUUAACCGGAGGUGAUGACCCUUAUGAUGAUAACGUGGUGAUGAAGAAGCUUUUUCAUCCUAAUCUUAAGCUUUUGGUUGUAACCGAGGGAUCAGAGGGUUGUAGAUAUUACACCAAGGCAUUUAAGAGCAGGAUUCCUGGCAUUAAAGAUAAACCUGUAGACACGACAGGUGCUGGCGAUGCGUUUGUCAGUGGCUUAUUGAAUAGCCUAGCUUCUGAUUCAAAGCUAUUUCAGCAUGGAGUCACAAGAAGUAAUUGAUGCAGAACUCUCAGCUCGUGUUCUGCAGUUGAUAAAUGUCACUGAUAGUGGACUGCACAGUCAGGAGGAUUUAGGAUGUAUUUCUGGGAUAGUGAAAACCCAAGACUUGUCUUCACGAAAUGCCAACAACCUUGUGGAUGAUAGACAGGAUCUCUAGAUUGUCGGUGCCAUACGGGAUAAGGAUAGAAAAAUUUUAACUACUUCAAUGAGAGAAGACAUGAAAACAUGCAGAUGAGAAAACUUCCAAGCAAGUUCAUCCUCAUAUUAUGCAUUUUGGUCUACUUUUUUAAACUAGUGCAAUUUUCCUCACUCGUGUAGAUUUCGUAAUACAUAAAACUAUUUAAGGUUGUUUAAAGUUGUACUGACUCAUGCCUACUCAUUGCCAUUUUGAAAUGUAAUUAGGAAGUUGUUCCGAAACGCACAAUACAGAUGGAAGAAGUCAUACAAGUUUCUCAUAUGUAUUAUUUAUCUUAGCUUUGAUCCUAAA